UCGAUUCAUUAUUGUGAUUAACUAAUUCUUGGGUAAUUACGUAUUUAUCAUUUAAACAAAGUAAAAUAAUCUUUGAGGCCAAUAUUUAAUAUAAACAACUAUCCAACGCCUCUGAUGACGAUGAUUUUUACAUAAUUUAUUGUCUUUGUAUGAUUAUCAAUAAUGUUUAGGCUGAAAUACACCAUCCAGGAAGAAACCACAUAAGUUUCAGUUUAUUAUUUUUAAUAAUAAAGGUUCUAAAGAAUACAGUUGCUAAAAAAGUAUGCAAGAUAGUAUAAACUCUAUUUACUCAAGAGAUAGUGCUGAAAAUGGUGAUAUUAUUAGGCCCCAGAGAUUUAGGAAUGUACCAUCAACAAGUAACAUAAGAGAACCAACAGGUGAUACUGACACAAUAAUAAUCCAGGGAAACAAUGACCACCUUAACCUGUUACAAUCAGUGCGAAGAAGGGUGGAAGUUAGUAAAGAAAAAAUUGAUGUGGGAUCACUAAAUAUCUUAUCUGCCAAGUUUGAGAGUUUGGAUUAUGACACGUGUGAAAACUACUUCUUACUAGAUGAAGAACGGAGAAAAGGCUUUAAAUUUUUAGUAAGAAAAAAUAUAGCAAGAUGGUUUGUGUUCUUGCUGAUAGGAAUGUGUACUGCCCUAGUUGCUUGUAUUAUAGACAUAUCCAUAGAAGAAUUAAGCCAAAGAAAAUAUGCCAAAUUAAGCUCAAUGGUAGACCAAUAUGUGACAGAGGGUUCAUUAUAUAUCCCUUAUUUCACUUGGGUACUAUUCAACAUAGGGCCAGUACUACUAGGCUCUAUAUUAGUAGCUUAUGUAGAACCAAUAGCUGCAGGAAGUGGCAUUCCGCAAGUAAAAUGCUACCUAAAUGGAGUCAAUAUUCCUAGAGUAGUGCGAAUUAAGACUCUUUUUGUAAAAUCAAUUGGGGUAAUAUGUUCUGUGGUUGGUGGUUUGGCUGGAGGAAAGGAAGGUCCUAUGAUCCAUAGUGGAGCCGUGAUAGCCGCAGGCAUUUCACAGGGUAAAAGUUUAACGUUCAACAAAGAUUUCGGGAUAUUCAGGUAUUUCAGGGAGGACCAUGAAAAGAGGGAUUUUGUGUCUGGUGGGGCUGCGGCCGGGGUUGCUGCUGCUUUUGGAGCACCUGUAGGAGGGGUUUUAUUUUCGUUAGAAGAAGGCACCAGUUUUUGGAACCAAAGUCUAACUUGGAAAACGUUUUUUGCCUCAAUCGUGUCCACUUUUACCCUGAAUCUUGUCUUAUCAACUUACCAUGGAGCACCGGGAGAUUUAUCUUAUCCUGGUUUGUUUAAUUUGGGUCAGUUUGAUCCAUUUACUUACCAAAUAUACGAAAUUCCUUUUUUUAUUAUGAUGGGCUGCUUGGGAGGGUUGUUUGGGGCACUUUGGAACCAUAUUAAUUAUAAAAUGACCGUUUUUAGAUUGAGAUACUUGAGGCAGGGGUGGUUAAAAGUGAUUGAGGCGUGUAUAGUGGCAGCAGUGACGGCAACAGUGGGAUUCUUGCUAAUGUUUACCUUGAAUAACGAUUGUAGGCCAAAAGGCAUGGGACCAGUCAAGUAUGCUACACAGUUGUAUUGCAAAGACGGCGAGUACAACAUAAUGGCUUCCCUAUGGUUUCAAACGCCAGAAGCGUCAGUGAAAUCGUUGUUCCACGACCCGCCUAAUACGCAUAACGCCCUCUCUUUGGCCUCCUUUAUCCCGAUUUAUUUUUUUUUGGCCGCCUGGACUUUCGGACUAGCCUCCUCCAACGGUUUGUUCAUCCCGACUCUUUUAACGGGAGCCGCAUGGGGACGUUUGAUUUCUAUCGGUUUAUUUUCCGUAUUUCCCGAUAAUAAUAUUGUGCAUCCGGGAAAAUAUGCUUUAAUAGGAGCAGCGGCACAACUAGGAGGCGUUGUGAGAAUGACAAUCAGUUUAACAGUGAUUUUAAUGGAAUGCACUGGUAACAUAACAUUUGCCCUACCCCUUAUUAUCACUGUGAUAGCCGCUAAAUGGACUGGGGAUUUCUUUAAUGAAGGUAUUUACGAUACCCUGAUAGAAUUGGCGGGGGUACCCUUAUUGCCCUGGGAACCACCUCCGGUCGUAAACAAUAUUUAUGCCAGUGAAGUUAUGUCACAUCCAGUGGUAACGUUGAAAUGUGUAGAAAAUGUCGGGCAUAUUUAUGAAUUGCUCAAGUUGACCACUUAUAAUGGGUUUCCUGUCGUUGAUCCACCUUUAACUGAUCAAAGCGAAAUAACUACAUACGGUCGAAUCCGUGGAUUAAUAUUGAGAUCUCAACUGAUAAUGAUGUUACAAAAGAAGAUAUUCAAUGAGACUUGUGAGGAUUGGGAGGAAAUUAAUGCCAGCAUGUUUCGGGACUCGUAUCCUAGAUUUCCUACCAUUGAUGAUAUUGUUCUUGAAGAUAUUGAAAAAACGUACUCUCUAGACCUAAGGCCUUUUAUGAACCCCUCGCCGUAUACAGUGCUGCAUUCAACUUCUCUCCCAAGAAUGUUCAGACUAUUCAGGGGUCUUGGGCUAAGACACUUACCGAUAGUAAAUGAUACUAACGAGGUAAUAGGGAUGGUUACGAGAAAAGAUCUGGCUAGAUACAGAACCUGGAAGCACCGGGGCAAAAUGGGCGUGGAGGAAUUACUCAUAUCUCAAGAUUUAUAAAUUCAUUUCAGUAUUUUAAAUUAUUUUUAUAUAGUGACCUCUAGCUUUAAGGAUAAAUUUGUUAUGUGCCGUGUUAAGUAAUAUAUGGUAGUUUGUUUAAAAUAAA